AUGUCGGGUGAUCUCAGCUUUGGGGUCUUGGUACGGAAGCAGUUUACUCCUUCCAAGCUGCUCUUCCACUUCCUCUUCUGGACCUUCCACUGGGGCAUUUUCGCCUAUGGAUGGUGGAAGCAAGCCGCGGACGCGAGAUUGGCGGGCCUGAACACCCUACAGUACUCCGUCUGGAUUUCAAGAGGUGCCGGUUUGGUUCUCAGCGUCGACGGAAUGCUCAUUCUGCUUCCGGUCUGCCGAACGGUCAUGCGAUGGAUCCGACCCAAGCUCCGCUUCCUACCCCUCGACGAGAACCUUUGGCUUCACAGGCAGCUUGCGUACUCGCUGCUCAUGUUCACCAUUCUGCACACCUCUGCUCAUUACAUCAACUUCUUCAACGUCGAGGCAACGCAGAUUCGCCCGGUAACGGCCAUCCAGAUUCACUACGCCCAGGCUGGUGGUAUCACCGGCCACACGAUGUUGCUGUGCAUGCUUCUGAUGUACACGACCGCACAUGCCCGCAUUCGCCAGCAAUCCUUUGAGACUUUCUGGUACACUCACCACCUUUUCAUCCCCUUCUUCUUGGGACUGUACACCCACACCACCGGCUGCUUCGUGCGUGACACUGCUCUGCCGUUCUCCCCGUUCGCCGGAAAGGACUACUGGGACCACUGCAUCGGUUACCUUGGUUGGAGGUGGGAGCUCUGGACCGGUGCUUUCUACCUCAUGGAGCGUACCUACCGUGAGGUUCGCGCCCGUCGCCGUACCAAGAUUACCCGUGUCGUUCGCCACCCCUAUGACGUCGUCGAGCUUCAGUUCAACAAGCCGUCGUUCAAGUACAAGGCCGGCCAGUGGCUCUUCCUUCAGGUUCCUUCGAUCUCCAACUACCAAUGGCACCCGUUCACCAUCACCUCUUGCCCAUUCGAUCCCUACGUCUCCGUUCACGUCCGCCAGGUCGGUGACUUUACUCGGGCUCUCGGUGACGCUGUUGGUGCCGGAUCUGCCCAGGCCAAGCUCUACGAUGGCGUCGACCCCAUGGGAAUGUACGAGGUCGCUCUCCAGAACGGCCAGCAAAUGCCCGAUCUCCGCAUCGACGGACCGUACGGAGCCCCCGCCGAAGACGUCUUCGAGAACGAAAUUGCCGUGCUGAUCGGUACCGGUAUCGGUGUCACCCCUUGGGCCUCGAUUCUCAAGAACAUCUGGCACUUGCGCAACAGCCCGAACCCGCCUAGCCGUCUUCGUCGUGUCGAGUUCAUCUGGGUUUGCAAGGACACCGGCUCGUUUGAAUGGUUCCAAACCCUGCUCUCCUCUCUAGAGGAGCAGUCUAACGAGGCCGCCCGUGUUCCUGGCGGCUCGGGUGUUGAGUUCUUGAAGAUCCACACUUACCUCACCCAGAAGCUGGACAUGGACACGACACAGAACAUUGUGCUCAACUCGGUUGGUUCCGACCACGACCCCCUCACCGAGCUCAAGUCCCGUACAAACUUCGGCCGACCCAACUUCUCCAAGCUCUUCAGCACUAUGCGCGACGGCAUUCUGGACAGAACAUACCUCAACGGCUUGGAAGGCAGCAUGCGCACAACUGUCGGUGUCUACUUCUGCGGUCCUUCUGCUGCUGCUCGCGAUAUCAAGACGGCUUGCAAGGAUGCAACCAUCCGCGAAGUAAACUUCCGAUUCUGGAAGGAGCACUUCUAA